AUGCCUCAGUUGCUGCAAAACAUUCAUGGGAUCAUCGAAGCCUUUGGGUGCUACGCCAGGUCAGAGGGUGGCUGCAAAGUGCUCACGCGGGGGGAGCUGAAGACCCUCCUCGAACAUGAGUUUGCCGACGUCAUAGUGAAGCCCCAUGAUCCUGCGACUGUGGACGAAGUUUUGUGCCUGUUGGAUGAAGAUAACACAGGGACUGUAGAGUUCAAGGAAUUCCUGGUAUUAGUGUUUAAAGUUGCUCGGGCCUGCUUUGAGACACUGAAUGAGCGUCCUAGAGGUGUUUGCAUGUCUGACAAGUCUGAAACCUGCUAUCCUGUAUCGUCAAAAGAGCUGGAGCAAGGCCAGAGAGGGGCCACUGGAGUGUCAAAGGACGGAACUGAGCAGCGCUGUGAGGACAGAUAUGGGCAGAGAGAUCAGGCUUCUAGGGGACAGGUAGGGUGGACACACGCCCAUGGCCAGGACAGUUACCCUACACAGGUCAGUAGUCCUGACAGGCAGGCUGAGUCUCAGAGCCAGCAAAUACAAAUGACAGGACAGCCGGAGCAGACCCAGGGAAUAGAAGACAAGAGUUGCACCAAAGAGAGGAGGUCAGAGCAGCAGUCACAAAUUAGCCAACAGACAGACGAUAUCACAGCUGGAACCACAACUCAGACUCAAGCAGGUACCUACACCACACAGGAGUCCACCAGUGACCAGAACAGACGGUCUAACAGCCAUAGCCAAGACAGGAGCCAGGCAGACCAAGCUUCUACACAACACUACCAGACACAGGCAGGGUCUCACCCUCAGAUACAUGCCCAGAUGGUAGAACAGGGUUGGAGACAGCAGACAGGAAAUGGCAGCAUCCAGACACAGAGAUCCAUCUAUGAUCACAACAGAAAGACUGAGACUCAUGGCCAAGAUAGGAACCAGGAAAGGCAAGCUACUAAAGUACACUGGCAAACACAGGAAGAAUCAUAUACUCAGACACAUGCCCAGACAGUGGAACAAGGCAGGAGCCAGCAGGCAGAAAAUAGCAGCAUUGAGAUGCAUGGGUCCAUCUGUGGCCAAAACAGAGAGACUGAGAUCCAUCAGCAAGAUAGUAGUCAGGCAGGCCAGGUGGGGAUAGGACACUACCAGACACAGGCAGGAUCAUAUACUCGGACUUUGGAGCAUUCUGGCCAGUCCACAAGUCAAGUAUGGGAUCAAGAAAAGGGACAAACCCAAAUACAGUCAUGUGAGAGACAAAGCUGGACACCAGUAAGCAACUAUGAUACAGGAGAGCCAGUUCUAGGAGGACAGGUCCAGACUGAGACAAACACUGUGAAAGAAAGACAAGAAUGGAGGAGCAAUCACCCAAGUCUGACAGGAGGGCAGGAAGAGAGAGCACCCACCGUGGUUAGAGAGGAGUGGGUCAAUGAGCACACAAGGGAAACAGUGAUCCAAAGCCAGGAUCUAGGCAGCCUGAACUCUGGUGCUCCUUCAGCUCAAGGCCAGGAUACAGCACAGAUGAAGGAAAAGAAAUGA